GAGCAGCAGAUGCUGGAACUCGCUCGUCUCGUCGUGGGUGUUGCCCGUUCACCUCCGGCUCGAGUCAACGCUGCUCUCGACCACAGCCUGCAAGCUGCUACUAACGUCGGUGAGGUGCUGGCUGCUGCCGUUGCUCCUCCGCGUCUCCCUCUUGCGGAGGCUGAUGAACUGGUGGCCCUCCGCCGCGAGAACAACCGGCUGCAGGCAGAGCUCUCCGACGCCAAAGAUAAACUCGCUGAAGAGAUGAACCUGCGGACCAAGUCGGACUACUUCCUCGUCUCGGCCAACUCCGAGUGCGACCAAGCUCUGGACCUCGUCCAGGACAUGCACGUCCAGCUCAGCAACGCCAGCGCUCAGUUGAUGCAAGCAAACGCGGCCAUCGGUCACCACGCUGACGUCACUCAGUCGUUGGAGAAGCGGACGCUCGUUGCUGAGGCCGAUUCAGCCGCUGCUGUACGUCGGAACACCCAGCUCCACGAGCGUAUAAGUGCAAGCCUCGUUACCUACAACACUCAGUUGGAAAGGCUUCGGAAGCAGUUGGCCGACCGCGACCGAGCAAACGUCAUCCCCACACGCAUUCAAGCGUUGACGGACGAGAACAACAGCUUACGGCGAGCGAAUUCUAUCCUUCGUCGGCAAUCGGCAGCACACGGACUCGACGUCGACACCUUGAUCCUGGCCUCAGCCGGCAUCUCCGCCGCAGAGAUUGAUUGGAAUCUUCUCGGGCUGUCCCCACCGACCGACGGUCACUGUCGAGAGUCCACACCAUGA